GCAAUUCAUUACGUAAUUAAUGUUACAUUUGUUUGUCAAACAAACGCCACGUUUUGCAGACAUAUUAGUGAAUAUAUUGUAGUAAAGCAUUGAAUACUAUUGUCAAUCAAUUGUCAAUUAGUGGCCAUUGAUUGAUGCCGUCGAUUACCGAUAUGGACUCAAAAGUGAAGCCCUCAUGGGCUGACCAGAUGGAUGAACAUCUUGACUUAGACGCCACCGACACAUUGCCGCAGCCAACGGAAGUGAUUAAUGGUAACAACAAAGUGGUGACUGAAUACAAGAUUAAUGAAAACGGAAAGAAAGUGAAGAUUGUUAGGUAUUAUAAGAUUGAGAAGAGGAAAGUCCCGCCGAGUAUUGCCCGACGCAAGAAUUGGACAAAGUUUGGUCUGUCAUCCAAUGACUCUCCCGGACCCAAUCCGGCCACGACUAUCAUUUCCGAAGAUAUUUUCAUGCAAUUUGUUGGCAAUCGCGACGACCAGAAUUUAGGUGCAGACGGUGAAGACGAUGCGCUAAAGAAGUUGCAGAACACUGGUAAAGGAAUGGUUCAAUGCAGACAUUGCGGAAUGGAUCAUUGGUCACUUAAAUGUCCGUAUAAGGAUAAGUUAGGCCAACUUAAUAAAGACUUACCACAACCUGAAGCUAAUGGUGCUCAGGAUAGGACUACUAUCGAUGAAAAGGGCAAACAAGCUAAAUAUGUUCCGCCAAAUAUGAGAGAAGGCGGUAAUAAACGCGGAGAAACAAUGGCCAGUCGUACUAAGGAUGAGGCCAACACUAUUCGUGUAACAAAUCUUCCCGAAGAGAUUCAAGACCAAGAUUUGAAGGAACUGUUCGCUCCAUUCGGUCGAGUGCUCCGAAUAUUCUUAGCUAAAGACAAGUACACGGGUCAGUCAAAGGGCUUUGCAUUUGUCAGUUAUGAGCGCAAGGAAGAGGCGGCCAAAGCUAUCCGAGCUGUUAAUGGUUACGGUUAUGCAAAUCUCAUACUGAAUGUCGAAUGGGCUAAACCUUCAAACAAUUGAUUUUAUUGAUUAUAAUAUUUAGUAAAUGUAAUCAUAAAUAAAAUAAUAAAUUCAAUGUAUACCUAAUGUU